AUGUAUUUUCACUCUCUCUCUCUCUCUCUCUCUCUCUCUCUCUCUCUCACUCUCUCGUUUUCCCCCUCUCUCUCCAUCCAUCGCUCUCUCAUUCUCUCUCUUCCUAUUUCUCCUGGUGUUUCCAUUUACUUACUUUCUUGUUGUCACUCAUUCUUUCUUUCUUUUAUCCAUUACUUCUUUCUUUCUUUCUUUUUCUUUCUUUCUUUCUUUCUUUCUUUCUUCAACAUAAUUUUUCUUUCUAUCAUUUUUUUGCUUUCACCAUUUCCUUUUCUCUUUUAUAUCAUUGAACGUGUUCCUCGUUCUUAUCUUCCUUACAGUACUCAAAAUACGGGGCCUUGUGCUAAUCUAAACUUAGAAGAUGUCGACACCAACACGAAAUCUGUUUCCUCCAGGUCUCCUUAUAUGUACAGAUAUUUUUUCACAGCUAUUUUGCAAUUACACGCCGUCUGCUAUUUGAGAUCCUGCCUCUCUUGUUGGUCGACACAAAUUUUUCAAUUUCACUUAUUACUUUAUUUGCCGUUGUGUCUUAUUGCACAUCGAAAAGGAAAGAAAGAGAAGAUAGGAGAGUUCGCUGCCUCAAUAUACAACGCUGACAAUCGGACCCUCUUGUCCGGGAAUUCAAUACUUGGCUAUCGUCUCGUUUUGCUGUCGGUGUCACGUUUGUGUAUAAGGAAUUCUUCACCAAAUUGGCUAUUAUACACGCCAAAGAUUUCUUUUUGUCAAUCUUUUUUUCACUCUCCACAAAUACCAGGAGGUAUUUGUUUCUUUUUCAGGCGUUCAUCAAUUUUUUUUUUCUUUCUUUCUUUCUUUCUUUCUUUCUUUCUUUCUUUCUUAUUGAAAAUAUUCUUUCUUUUUGUAUCUGUAUCAUACAGGAGAUUCAUUCUUUAUUUCCUGUUACGUCAAUUAACAUAUUUUUCUCUUGACUUUGUCUUUUACUUUUUUCUCUCUUUCUUUCUUUCUUUCUUUCUUUCUUUCGUUCUUUCUUUCUUUCUUUCUUUCUUUCUUUCUUUCUUUCUUUCUUCAUUUUAA